AAUACCGUAGUGACGAUGUUGAAUGUUAUGAUUGCAAACAAACUCGAGCACUUGGGCAUUCUCAGUCAGACCGCUUUCUGUGUUCAGCGUAUAUUGCGUGCUCAUAUUUUUAUCGAAAUUCUAAUCGGGAGUUAUAAAUUAAAAGUGCAUUUGUUUGUAUUUUUUACUAACCAAGCCGUGUCCACCGAUCAAGGCCGUGUAGCAACCCUACCCAGCAAGAUGCCAUGUGACUGCGUGGCAGUGGAGGGGCGUGCACCCCACCAGAACGGGUGCAAGAAGAGCGCCAACGGAGCCGCGGCCGCCAGCCACCACCCGCAUAGGAAGACCUACGACGAGGAGACGGAAGGCGCGGAGGAACGACAUGUCAACGACCUUAGAUACCCGGACGGGUCGGUGCGCCUGCGCAACCCGCACAUCGAGCUCAUGGACCAGGACAUCCUGUACCACCUGGCGCUGGGCUCCGGCUCGCACGACCUCGUCGAGAUGUUCGGGGACGUUAAGUUCGUGUGCAUGGGCGGCACCCCGAAGCGCAUGGAGCAGUUCGCGCACACCAUCAUGGCGGAAAUCGGGCACAAGCUGCCGUGCGGGACCACGCUGCAGGACAUCAGCCAGUUCUCCUACCGCUACUCCAUGUACAAAGUGGGCCCCGUGCUGUCUGUGAGCCACGGCAUGGGCAUCCCGUCAGUGGGCAUCCUCCUGCACGAGCUGAUCAAGCUGAUGUACCACGCGCGCGUGCGCGAGCCUGUGUUCUUCCGCAUCGGCACGUGCGGCGGCGUCGGCUACGAGGGGGGGACUGUGGUCAUAUCGGAAGAAGCGGUCGAUGGGUCGCUGAAGAACGCUCUUGAUGUGAAUGUGCUCGGCAACACGAUCUCGCGGCCGGCCAAGCUGGACAAGCGGCUGGUGCGCGAGCUGCGCGGCCUGGCGGACCCUGAGGACCCCUACGACACCGUCACCGGCAAGACCAUGUGCACAUACGACUUCUAUGAAGGACAAGGCCGUCUGGACGGCGCAUUCUGCGAGUUCAACGAAUCCGACAAGAUGGAGUACCUGGAGCGCAUCCACAAGGCAGGGGUGGUCAACAUCGAGAUGGAGUCUCUGGCCUUCGCGGCGCUGACCCACCACGCGGGGAUAAAGGCGGCUGUGGUGUGCGUCACGCUGCUGGAUAGACUCAAGGGAGACCAGGUGUUAGCUCCCAAGGAAGUACUGGACGAGUGGCAACAGCGGCCGACCAAGCUGGUGUGCCGGUACAUCAAGAGAUACCUGCAGAUGAAGGGUCGCCUGUCGCUGGACGGGCACGGCUCCAUCGCCGUGAAGAGCCCGCGUCGGUUCAAGCUGGUGCAACAGGAGUCCGAGACCUACGACUAAGCACCCCUAGCCAGUAAGAACUUCACCAUACAUUGUAGGUACUACUGGCAGGCGCACGAAUAACUCCUGGUAACCGUUAUGCUACUUUUAAACCUAGAUUUAUUGCAAGAUUAUGGUGGUUGUUGAAAAGAAAUUAAGUUUUGUGAUGUUGAGGAACAUUGUCGAACUUAUUUCAGUUUCGAUUGUCGUGUAGCGGAUACGAGGAUUAGAAAUAAAGAUAUCGAUUUCAUAGCCCACAAGACGAAUUAUGAUGUAAGAGAGACGUUCUUACUGCACGGGGAUUGGCUAGGUCAGUGUAAGAUCAAAUGAAGCGAUGGCGCUGGUUGGCUGUUGCAUCUAAUCAAAAUCUCAAUCUCACACGAUAUUGGGCUAUGAUGUCGUC